CCUCUUUCUACUGUAUUCCGGGCUUUGGUUUGUCUAAACUGGGCUCGGUGCGAUAAUGGAAAGGAAUAAAGCUCAUAAAUAAAAGAGGAGGUGAAAGUAGGUUUUAGUAAUGAGGCUCCUGCUUGAUCGCGUCAGCAAGCUAAGGAAAGAGCCAUUAAAUAUUUAUUAAAUUGUUGCAUUAACAUUUUCACUGUGCCUGCUGUGGACACGAACACUCUCUGGAGAGUGCAGUCAUGUCUGCCACCAAAGAGAGAAGGGGACCGGGCCACGCCGAAACCCACACCUCUAUUGUUACAGACUUCCAUCUCUCUGAGGGGCCCCGGGCGAGGGCAUGAAUAACCGCCAGUGGCUCGGGGAGACUUUGUUGGGGUUGAAGACGGUGAGACCGCGCAGGCGGUGACGGAGCAUCAGCAGCGCCCCACCUCGAAACGCCUCUCGGGCAGUCAGCCAGCAGGUCCCAGGCACAUUCCAAGCUGCCCUUUGAUUUUUUCCAAGGCCACUGUCUCUCGAGAGUUUUGUUUAUGAUUGGUUUAAUUAUGAUAAACCAUGGUAAGAUGUAGACCCUUGGCUCUUCUUUUUUUUCUUCCCCCCGCCCUUCUUAGUUGAAAAGAUUCUUUAAAUGGGGCUGUGUGAGGCUGGGUGAGAGAGUGCAGACUGCCUCAGCUGACCCAGCUCUUGUCUAGUGGUCACCUUCCAAAUAAGGCAUGCUGUAGGUAUUCCAGCCGCUGUAAGGUCCUGAGCUGGUCAAGGAGUCAAUUAUUAUGCAUUAAAAAGCAAUUCAUCAUCUAGAGCAGUGAACUCUUGUGUUAUUUUUAGGCCAGCCUUUUAAUUUAUAUGGCAUGCAAGAACAGCGUUUCUCACGUGAACUUCUGGAGGGUUCCUGGAACAAUCACCAGGAUGGGGGGUGGAGCAACCAGCAGGAGGAGGUGUCCAGACAACUUUGUGAUGAUCCCAUAAUUGACUAGUUUUCAGCAAGGACACUGGAGUCAGACAGCGGUUCACAUCCCAGCUCUGCCACUUCCCACUUUGAUGAUGUCGAGGGGGUCACUUAUACAGCCUGAGUCUGUCUCUUUACCUGUAAAAGGCACUCAUUUUGGUGUGCACCUCAACACAUUGCUCUGAGGACAAGACGAGGUCGUGCACAUUAAACCACUAGGACAGUACUUGGUACACAGCAAUCACUUCGUCGGUGCUAGCUGUCGUUCCUGUUUCUUAAACUUUUAAUUCUAACCUAGAACUUUCUAGCGUCUGAGACUUCCUCUAAGGCCAGACAGGAGGUGAAUCUCGAAUCACUAAAUCAUGGACAUUCAGAAUUGGAAGGUGCCAUGAAAAGAUCAUCAGAGGAGGGUGGGCAGUUCUGGCACUCUAGCCACAUCCAGCCUGCAGUCUUUUUUGUGCAUAGUUUGGGUGGAACACAUUCAGGCCCAUGCACUUAUGUUUCCUCUAUUUCUCUAUGGCUGUUCUCCUAUUGCAAGGGCGGAGCUGAAUAGUUGGAACAGAGAUAAUAUGAACUACAUGCCCUCAAAGCCUAAAAGCUUGACUCUCUGACCCUCUGACCCUCUACGGAACAGGUUUGUUGACCCCGACCUAAGCCACUGAGGAUUUGCCCCCCAGGAAACCAAGGCUCAGAGGAGGGCAAAGACUUGAAGAGAUACACUGCCAAGUCUGGAUCACAAGCUCCCUGGCUGCUCUCAUGCCGUUGUGCAUCUUGCCUCCUGGCCUGGUAGGAAAGGGAUCAUGGAAACACCAGGGAAAGCGCAUGCCACUUGUGUAUUGAAAACCAGAGCAGAACUGCUGUUGACCAGCAAAUAGACCAAUACUGCCACGGAGGAAACCACUUCUUAGAGGUUAGGAUCAACACUGGGAUGAUGCGGGAUCGUGCCCACCCCUCCGGUGCUUGUGUCAGCUGAAGGAGUUACAGCCUCAUGCUCAGUGUUCUCCAACCAGUCAACCAGUGGGUGGGGAGAGGGCACGCUUCACUGGGCCCCUCUAGCAUGUGGCGGACCUGGCUGGGCUCUGUCAGUGGGGACCAAGUAUGAACUUUCCUGAAAGAGAAAGCUGGUGGGGGAAAUCAUUUUCACAGGCUUUUUGCUUCAGAGUCCCUCCCUAUUGAUUGCCGCCUCUGUUUUCAUUUUGUUGAGUGUCCUAUUUGAAGCACGUCCCUGAUUCCUUCUAACAGCCUUAUAAGAUGGGAAGCUGUUGUGACCCUCGUUUUACAGAGGAGGUGGCGGAAGCUCGGAGCUGUUAACUGACCUGGUCGAGGUCUCGAGCCCAGCGGUGGAGCCAAGGCCUGAAUGAGGAAGAUCUGUCUGCACUGCAAGUGCCCUCAGGAGGAGCACAUGGUGACAGUGAUGCCGCUAGAGAUGGAGAAGACUGUCAGCAAACUCAUGUUUGACUUCCAGAGGAACUCCACGUCAGACGACGACUCGGGCUGUGCCUUGGAGGAGUACGCCUGGAUCCCACCGGGGCUGAAGCCUGAGCAGGUUCACCAGUACUAUAGCUGUCUCCCAGAGGAGAAGGUUCCUUACGUCAACAGUCCCGGAGAGAAACUUCGAAUCAAGCAGCUCCUACACCAGCUGCCGCCACAUGACAAUGAGGUUCGAUAUUGCAACUCCCUGGAUGAGGAAGAGAAGAGGGAGCUGAAGCUCUUCAGCAACCAGAGGAAACGUGAAAACUUGGGUCGAGGGAAUGUCAGGCCCUUCCCAGUCACGAUGACAGGCGCUAUCUGUGAACAGUGCGGAGGCCAGAUCAACGGCGGGGACAUCGCGGUGUUUGCGUCACGCGCCGGCCACGGUGUGUGCUGGCACCCGCCCUGCUUCAUCUGCACUGUCUGCAAUGAGCUGCUGGUGGAUCUGAUCUACUUUUACCAAGAUGGGAAGAUAUACUGUGGCCGGCACCACGCCGAGUGCCUGAAGCCGCGCUGCGCAGCCUGCGACGAGAUCAUCUUCGCAGACGAAUGCACAGAAGCUGAGGGGCGGCACUGGCACAUGAAACACUUUUGCUGCUUCGAGUGCGAGACGGUGCUCGGCGGCCAGCGCUAUAUCAUGAAGGAGGGACGGCCCUACUGUUGCCACUGCUUCGAGUCUUUGUAUGCAGAAUACUGCGACACCUGUGCCCAACACAUAGGGAUCGACCAAGGUCAGAUGACCUACGACGGCCAACACUGGCAUGCCACCGAGACCUGUUUCUGCUGUGCUCACUGCAAGAAAUCCCUCCUGGGGCGGCCAUUCCUCCCCAAGCAGGGCCAGAUAUUCUGCUCAAGGGCCUGCAGUGCCGGGGAGGACCCCAAUGGCUCUGACUCAUCCGACUCAGCUUUCCAGAACGCCAGGGCCAAGGAGUCCCGGCGCAGUGCCAAAAUCGGCAAGAACAAGGGCAAGACGGAGGAGCCCGUGCUAAACCAGCACAGCCAGCUGCAGGUGAGUUCCAACCGGUUGUCAGCCGAUGUGGACCCCCUGUCCCUGCAGAUGGACCUGCUCAGCCUGUCCAGCCAGACGCCCAGCCUCAACCGGGACCCCAUUUGGCGGAGCCGGGACGAGCCCUACCAUUACGGGAACAAGAUGGAGCAGAGCCAGUCCCAGAGCCCUCUGCAGCUUCUCAGCCAGUGCAACAUCAGAACGGCCUACAGUCCAGGGGGGCAGGGGGCCGGGGCCCAGCCAGACGUGUGGGCCAAGCACUUCAGCAACCCCAAAAGGAGCUCAUCCCUGGCCAUGAAAGGGCACGGUGGCAGCUUCAUGAAGGAAUGCCGAGAGGACUAUUACCCGGGAAGGCUGAGAUCCCAGGAGAGCUACAGCGAUAUGUCCAGUCAGAGCUUUAAUGAAACCCGAGGCAACAUGCCAGUCGCCAAAUACGAGGAGGAGGAGGAGGAGGAGGAAGGGGGCAUAUCCACUCAGCAGUGCCGGACCCGCCAUCCAAUCAGUUCCCUGAAAUAUACUGAGGACAUGACGCCCACAGAGCAGACCCCUCCGGGCUCCAUGGAAUCACUGGCCCUGUCUAAUGCAACAGGCCUGUCCGCAGAUGGUGGCGCCAAGCGCCAGGAGCACCUCUCGCGGUUUUCCAUGCCUGACCUCAGCAAAGACUCUGGAAUGAAUGUCUCCGAGAAGCUGAGCAACAUGGGCACCCUUAACUCGUCCAUGCAGUUCCGGAGCGCAGAGUCGGUUCGCAGCCUGCUGUCCGCCCAGCAGUACCAGGAGAUGGAGGGAAACCUCCACCAGCUCGGCAACCCCAUCGGGUACAGAGACCUGCAGUCCCACGGCAGGCUGCAUCAGAGCUUCGAUUUUGAUGGGGGGAUGGCAGGCAGCAAGCUGCCGGGGCAGGAGGGCAUGAGGAUCCAGCCCAUGAGCGAGCGCACGCGGAGGAGAAGUACCUCCCGCGACGACGGUCGCCGCUUCCGACCUCACCGCUCCAGGCGUUCCCGGCGCUCUCGCUCGGACAACGCCCUCCACCUGGCCAGCGAGCGCGAGGCCAUCUCCCGGUUAAAAGAAAGGCCCCCCCUCAGAGCCAGGGAGGACUACGACCAGUUCCUGCGCCAGCGCAGCUUUCAGGAGAGCCUGGGCCAAGGGUCCCGAAGGGACCUGUAUGGCCAGUGCCCGAGAACGGUGUCGGACCUGGCUCUGCAGAACGCCUUUGGGGAGCGGUGGGGACCCUACUUCGCCGAGUACGAUUGGUGUUCCACCUGCUCCUCCUCUUCGGAGUCCGACAACGAGGGCUAUUUCCUAGGAGAACCCAUCCCCCAGCCCGCGCGCCUGCGAUACGUCACAAGCGACGAGCUGUUGCACAAAUACAGCUCGUAUGGCCUCCCCAAGUCUUCCACGUUAGGGGGCAGGGGACAGUUGCACAGCCGGAAAAGACAAAAGAGCAAAAACUGUAUCAUUUCUUAAUAGGAUCGGGGUCAGGGAAUGGGGGAAGAUGGGAGCUAAGAAUGUACAUUCAGAAACUUGCACUGUUUUAAAUUUUAAAGCGCUUUCGGGGUGGUUGCUGGAGAAGAGGGAAAUGCUGGCCGUCGUGGAGGCAAGGCUAGAGCCUGACUCAAUAGGUAGACACAGUUCUCGGCAUGUCGACUCUUAUUUGCACAUUUCACUUUGGAAACGCUGUAGACUCUGUGGAGGCCAGGGUCGGUCCCCUCCUUCCCGUCAGUCUGUGUUGAGUCGCCUUUCGCAAGAUGGCAAACUGUUUCCCGCUCGCUUAUAUCCUCUCUGGUUCUCUUACUUUUAGGACCCUUUUUCCAGUGAAGUAAUUUGUUUAUUAGCCAGGACCCAAGACUAAGUUAUUUACAUGUCCAUUGUAAAUGCAAUGUAAAUGAGAGUUCUGAUAAAAUAUUUUUGUAUUUUGUAAUAUCAAAGGAAUUUCUAUAUCGUAGGACUCAGUGGAACUUGCAUGCACACCCCGCCUUGUCUUUGAGUAGUAUUCAGGGGUGGUCCAGGACCACCUUUUUUUUUUUUUCUUUUUUCUAUACAAAUUUGUUACAUGUCAGUGAGACCUUUUUUCAAAGGAGUUUAUUCAAUUUGACUUUUUGUGGCUGAAAAAAAAAUUAACUCUUACACCCAAAGUAUUUUAUGCUCCAUUUCAUCUUAAGGAGACAUCCUUAAAUCUGCUCCCACCCUCGGUAGAAUUUCUUCUCUACAAAGUGAUAGUAAUUUUUUUUUUAAUUGCAAACGUAACUUUUGCCAAUUAGAGAAACCAACCAGUGUCCGUCAAGUCCCGUGAGCAACGCCAUCCCUGCUGGGAACAUUGAAGUUGCUUGCUAUUGAUCUGUCCCUUGGGGGAAAUGAAAGUGACUGUGAGUGGUACCCGUCGUGUGAUGUCAGCAUGACGUUGUUUUGAAUGUGGCAUUAUUUUCUGGUGCUCAUGCGUCCUGGAUUAUAUUAUCUGCUUUCCUUUACCAAGGCAGACGGAACAGCUGCCUUCGCCUGACAACCGGUUGUCCUCAGUGCAAAUGAACUUAAGCAGUAGACAUUUAGGGGCAAAAUGUUCGGCGGGGCUCUGGGAGUGACGGGGUGGUCUAGAGCGUACGUCAUGCGUGAAGAAGGAACAAGGGAAUUCGAAAGCAGAAAGCAGGUCAAGGGUAGAGACUGAAGGGGUCUAUGAAGGAAGGUCAGAGCAAAGAAGAGCUUCUGGAAAUGAAAUAGAGUGGAGGUGACCACUGCCUUGAAUAACCCCCAGUGCUUGUGGAAAGAGUCCAGUUUAACACACCCCGUAACCAGAGUGUCUGGGUUUACCCAGGAAAGGGAGCUGCUCGGGAGAUUUCAGGGUAAUGACCUUGAAAAACAAAUGCAGUUCAGAGGGGGAUUUCUAUGUUGAACUUUGGGGACUGUUGGUCAGCCAGAAAAUGGGCUCAAAAGUGAGUUUGCUUGAAGAAGACAUUUAACGGUUGUGUUGUUUAUAGUAAAAUAAAACUUCCUACCUUGCUUCAGUUCAAAAUGAAGCGCUUGCUUUUUCUUCCAUUCUCCUCCUCCCUUUAAUGGAUUGUGGCAGUUGAAAUAAUCCAUCGGAGGACCCACCUUUAGUGAGAUGUACUGUUGAUGUAGUUACCCGGUGUAUCUCAGUGGCCAUCUGCCAUGGUGAGGUGAGCGUGCUCUCUUUUCAGUAUAGUAGUUAAUAUUUUCUAGUGUAUUUUUAUGGAGAGAAUGUGAAAAGUGGCUUUUCAGACACCAUCCCAAAUGGUGGGUCUGGGGAAAAGAAGGCUGUAAAGGACGUGGAAAUGGCACUCCAUUCAGGAUGUAUUAAAAUAAUUUGCUUUUCAGGUAUUAAUAUGACAUUUGUCAUUGUCACUGAUUUUUUAAAAAAGCAAUGCAAAUGUUGGUUGUGGCUGUUUUCCGCAUGCUAUCUUCAUAUCUAAAUGCUUCAUUAAUUAUCCAAGCCUCCGGAGAAUUAACUCUAUUACGUUUGUAUAGUAAGUUUGUAAACUGCUUGGCAAAACUGAUUAAGAAAUAAUGUGCAACGCCGUGCUACUGAAGUGGCAGGUUUCUGGUAGAAAUCGGGCGAGUCCAAUUUGGAGUUUUGAGUUCCUCGAUUGAUGAGACUAAAAAGGCAUUUUGGAAAAAGAAAAGAGAGACAAAAGUAGAUCGCUUAACAUAGCAAACAGCUGAAAAUAAUGUCUGUCCUCUGUGGCCUGGAAUCCAAAGAAAGAAAUUCUCCUGGUAGAAACUGCUUUCUAACUCCAUCCUUUCCAAAAGUACCUCUUGUUUUCCCCAGAUGAGGCUUGAGCCACCAUCGGCAGAAAGAAGAGGGUGGCCAGAAACCGACCCGUAGCCACAUCCCAUGAAGGGGUGAGAGGAAUAAGUGAUUUCAGAGCUCACUGCCCAGGAAGCAUCCAGCAGCUCUACUGGCCAGAGCGUGAAAUAUUUUGAGAUGCAAGCCUCAGGGUCACACUGUCUAUAACCAAGGUCACCUCCAUGUGCUCCAUCGUGGCUUCUCCCCACCCCUCAUGCAGCCAGGCACCUUACAGACGAUGCCAGUGAGGCUGGUCAAAUCAUCACAAAGGUGAUGGGACCUCCAAGUGAAUGCCCUGGAGAGAGCAGGAUGUCAUUGUUGUAGGAAUUUCCACCAUGUGUGAUAAGUUACACCUAACAUCACAGAAUCCCGUUCCCAAAAACAUUGAUCAACGUGUUCUCUUCUGAGGCAGGAACUUAGGGUCCUCGCCGGCUCCCUCCAUCAUAACCACGAGCUCUUCCUGGUCAAGUUUUGCCAGUGAGUGGGGCUUACAGUCACCUCUUCCUAGAUCAUCAUUUCAGCUUCGAUAGACUGUUCUAGAAAAGUAAUCUUUUCCUCGUUUCCUCUCAUCUCUAAUGCCUUGGGUUUGCUUUUUCUACCUCUCUUCAUAAUUGGUCUUCUUGUCUUUCGGUUAAAACCACUGCUUUGGACUUCAGGUCAUUUCUUAUCGCUGCUCAAUUCAGUGGCAACAGAACUGACUCUUCCCCAGGAAGAAGUAGCCAUUGACGGUUUCCUGAAUGGCCCUGCCGAUACAUACAGCCCUUGAUACUGUGAACAGCUCUCUUAGCAGCCUGGCGGCAUGGACUGUGGCAUUCAGGUGCCCUUCCUUCUGUCCUGUAGUUCGGGAUCUCUAUCAAGUGUGAAGGCGAAUGAGGUGAGGGAAAGCAGAACCGUGCUCCCUGGUCCUGCGCAGGUUCAAGGUGGGUAGCGUUCCUAGUGUUGGUUGUUUGAUGCCUUCUUUCUACAUUCACCUUCUCAUCUCUAGUCUUUCCUUUCUGCCCUCAGCCCAGUGAACAAGCAAUUGGGUCUUUCCAGUAGGGGACCAGGAGACAACUCUUGCUCAUCCUCUUUUCCCAUUCUGUAGGAUGCUUUUGCCCUGCAACAAACUCUGUUUCCUUCUCCGGCAGUGGCCUUCCACUUCUUGGGUACCCCUUGCCAUUGCUGGGUCCAGGUCCAGCCGGCGAUGACAUAGGUGCAGCAUGUGCUUUGCCAUCACUGCGACCCGGCUGAUAAAACCAGUGGAUUGCUCUGCGCUUUCCCAGGGAGCGUGGACGCAGCCUCAGAAAUCUCUGUGACACUCCAAGCAGCCAGGAUCAGUCCAUUAGAACUAAGGUCAUUUGAUAACAAAUCUCAUUUGUGAACUGAUUUUUAUUUGCCUUUCCGUCAUUUGCCAUGGGCCCAAAAGAGUACACCAACCUUUUAGAAAGCAUCCUUCAUAAAUGGCUGUGAGAGCCCAGUUCCUUUGUGGAUGCCCAAAGUGGAGGCUGACUUCUUUAAGCAGAACAAAGACAAAUCUCUUUGGCCUCCUUUUGCAUUCCCGUGUUCUUGGCCAGUUAUGACAGGCAGGCUUCCGUCCAUCCUUUUGCAGAGGUCAGAUAAGAGGCCAUCUUACUCUUUGUCCAAUACCACCUUCUAACAAGAAAUAACACAAAUAUUUAAAUUCCAAGGAGAAGAGCUCUUUGUGUAUUUCUGUCUAACAGAAACCAGAUGCUAAUGCCUGGGAAGGAGGAUCUCUCUAUGACCAAAGGAAAGUGGGAAAUGAAACCAGUUAUCGGAAUAUUUCGUGCGAGAAGAGUUGCUAUUAGCAACUGUUGGGCAGCUUCAAGGCUUUGGAAUGGGCUCUGCGGCCAGCCUUCCAGCUGCAGGACUCAUGAAGCCUCCUUUCCUGAUUUUGAAGGCAGUUUCAGAUUGCCGCCUUCAGAUUGCUACAUCUCUCGAGGCACAAAGGAAGUAGAAAUGGAGACAGCUUUGCCUUGCCUCCAGUGCUUGGUCCCUUGGGGGCGUCAACAGACACCAGAGCUUGUCUCUCUGACCACUUGGAAGCAGUUGUCAGGGUUAGGACCAAGAAAGGACUGGAUUCCUUUUCCAUUUUCUCAUAACAGUAGCCCAGUCAACACAAGACUGCCAUAAACCAUGACUCACUAUUGGGAGCUAUACUCCUUGAUAAGCUUACUUCCUGCUGACAAAACUAGCUUUCCCCAAGGGGAAUAAAAAAAGGAGGGAGGAAAGUCACGUCAUGUAGGAAAACAUUUCUGGUGAUUUAGAUGCGAUGAAUUUGUAGGAUGGAGAAAAAAUGUUCUAUCCUAAGCGUUUUCAGAGACAUCCCUUCACCCUACUGGGCAUUUGGCCAUUUGUGUUCAAUAGGUCACUGACCUACCUUUUUAAAAUUUCUUGGAGAGAGUUACCCACUAAUAAGGUCUGUUCUCCAGCCUCUCUAGUUGAUAUUCCUGUGUUUCCAUAAGGCAUUUUGGUCCAAUGAUGGACCCUGACUUAACAUUCUAAGGUCUACGAGUCCUUCAUUUUCCUUAACAAAUUAGGACUUUGGCAGUUUUCCCUCUCCUAAACACAUUCUUUCCUGUACAGGAUUGCUUUGCCCAUCUCCUGCUUUAACUCCAAGUGCAUAAACAAAACCUCAGAGGGUCUGAGAAGGUGAGGCAGGCCAGACUCUGUGUUGUGUGUCGAGUGUCAAGCUAUUUGUAAAGAAGGUCUGCAACGGGCCUUUGGUGUGGGCUCUGCCAGAGACUGUUGUGAACACUUUGCUUGAGAUCCGUACCCUGUAAAAUGGAUAUGUUUUACUGAUGUCUGUAAUACAUUUGUAAACUUCCAAUAAAAUUUGAAUAAAAGAAAUGUUGCCAAUCUU